CUCCACUCACUCGCCUCGUCACUCGCGACGCAACACAAAUACAUUUCCCCCUCAUGCUCCUCGGCGCCGAUACUAGCCUCAUGACGUUGCCUUCUCCGACGAUGUCCUUGGCGAGAGCGGCAGAAGGGCUGGUUGCUUGUGUGUUUGUGUAUAUGUGUUUUGCUCCCUGAGUCUCCUCGGUUUCUUUGGUGAUUUUGGCGGUGCCGAUUCCAUCUCCGGCUGUGCUUGGCGAGGCGACGGCCGUGGCACGUUCAGUGGUCCAGAUGCGUCGUGGAGUGUCCAAGGCGUUGGCUCAUGCGGCUUUUACCAAUGUUUGGAGCUCAUUGUCAACACAGCAGUGGAGUUGGUUCCGUUUCCGGCGAUCUUGCUCGGCGACGGCAACCGGAGAAAAAGACCCCGAAGGACUUCGUUGAUCAUGUGCGGACUAGUACCUACAGAAAUGCUAUCAUGCAUCACCAAGAUCUAAUUUCAGGCAAGGUUGUUUUGGAUGUGGGCUGUGGCACUGGUGUUCUUUCCAUAUUUUGUGCUUUUGCUGGUGCCACUCGGGUUUAUGCAGUCGAUGCAAGUGACAUUGCAUUACAGGCUGCGGAGAUUGUCAGAGAGAAUGAGCUGUCUGACAAAGUUGUGGUUUUGCAUGGCCGCAUUGAGGAUGUCAAUAUUGAAGAAAAAGUUGAUGUCAUCAUAUCUGAAUGGAUGGGCUACAUGCUUCUAUAUGAGAGUAUGCUGGGGAGCGUAAUUUUUGCUAGAGAUAAAUGGCUUAAGCCAGGAGGUCUUAUUCUUCCAUCUCAUGCAUCGCUUUACAUGGCACCUAUUACAAAUUCUCAGAGAUAUCAUGAUAGUAUUUACUUCUGGCGAGAUGUAUAUGGCAUAAAAAUGUCCUCUAUGAUGCCUCUUGCAAAACAAUGUGCGUUCAUGGAGCCAUCCGUGGAGACAAUUAGCGGCGAGAAUGUCUUGACAUGGCCAACUGUGGUGGCACAGGUGGAUUGUUAUACCAUACAAGCUCCGGAGCUUGAAACCAUCACUGCUGCAUUUAAAUUUACAUCAAUGUUGCAUGCUCCGUUGCAUGGUUUCGCGUUUUGGUUCGAUGUUGAGUUUAACGGACCAGUUCGCCAGAAAUCCAAGAAGCAAGCAAGCCAAUCAUUGGAUGGGAACACCCAAAAUGCCAGCCCAAGCAGUAAAAAGAAAAAACCAGAUGUCUCUAUUGUUCUUUCAACUGCACCAGAGGAUGCCCCUACUCACUGGCAGCAGACCCUACUGUACUUAUUCGAACCUAUAGAACUAAACAAAGACCAGAUUAUUGAAGGUUCUGUUACCAUAUCUCAGAGCCAGCAACAUGCUCGCUUCCUUAACAUAUGCCUUAAAUAUUUUACUGGUGAUCAAUGUUAUGUUAAAGAAUCCGUGAUGCGAUAAUAUGGUGAAACUUCAACAGAGUAACCUUUUCUCUAAAUAGACACAAAUCUAUUGUUGUGCGUCAUGAACCUCGCUGGUUAUUGCAAUUUUUGAGCGCUCUGGCUGCAGUGGGACUUCAUGGUGGCAGAUAAGAUCAAAAUGCAGUGCGGUUUGGAAUGUAGCGAUUUUGUAGGAAACAAAGCAAUUCGUCUAUAAUUCCUGUGAGAAUCCUUGGUUCUUAACCUGGCAGAGAUCCCCCCUGAUUUUAGCGGGACUUGGUUAGGUCAGCAAUUUAAUGGCCUCUCGUGUCCAAUUGAUGAAAGGAGCAUAGACAAACUACAUGUUGACCAAAGUAGAUAGGUUUUUUCCCAAUCUUUUGACAGUGUAGUUCUUAGCCCAUCAUUGGUGACACUUAGUUGUUUUUUUUCAUACUAGACGGUCAUGCGGAUUAUCUCCAUUCUUUGUAUGAACUGUUGAUGUUGCAAUAUUUGGCGGUGUCAUUGGCCAUUUGGCCGUAUGAAAUUUUA